GCCGAUGUUGAUUAUAAAACAAAAGGGAUUAAAAUUAAAGAUUUGCUAUUGCUAGUAAUUUGUUGUUAAUACAGCUCUAAAAAUGCUACAUUAGCAAAUAAAGUUCAAUAGCGACGAAAAAGUGCAAUUGUGGACAAAAUGAAGCAUACUACAUAUUAGCGUGCUAUGUGAUAAAAAUAAAAUAGCAAAGGAUACCAGAAAACGUGAAUGAAAAUUUUCUUGGCUAUUGCGAAAGAUCGUACACGAAAGUGUAAUGUAAUUAUGUUAAUUAAAUGAAAAUGUAAAGUUUUCAUGAAACUGAAAAUGUACUGAUUGUUAGCGGAUGCAGCUUGAAGGUGCAUAGCAAUAAAAACAAAAAAUAUCUACGACCAUUUAAAUACACGUUGCAAUAACAACAUUUUCUUCGCAAGGGCAUAGUUUGCUUAGUAUUUUCUGACAUCCUUCGUUUCGUUGAUUACGUCUCUUCUGACCUCUUCCGUUGCCAAUGGCAGAUUUCGAUGCAAUUUAUGAGGAUGAACAGUUGGAGGAGCACUAUGAAGAUCAAAAUGUCGCACCCGUGCCCGAACCGAUCAUCUUACGGGGUUCUGGCAACAUGACAGUAUUUGGCCUGACCAAUCGUUUCAGCACAGAAUUUCCCACGGGUCUGGUUUCGCGUGUAGCCCCUGAAGAAUUCAAAGCAACGAUUGGACGUAUUAACGGCAUUUUGAAGAAGACGCUGCCGGUGAACGUGAAAUGGCUAUUUUGCGGCUGCGUCUGCUGUUGCUGCACGCUGGGUUGCUCUCUGUGGCCGGUCAUCUGUCUGAGUAAGCGGACACAAAUAACUCUUGACAAGCUGCUCGAAUGGGAGAAUAGUCAUUUAUAUCAUAAACUCGGCCUACAUUGGCGACUUCAUAAGCAACAAUGUGAUUCCAAUUCGAUGAUGGAGUAUGUGUUACGAAUUGAGUUUAUACCGAAAACGCCGAUAUAUCGUCCGGACUAAAAACAAAAAGAAUACAAAAAUAUAUUUAAAAAAAAAACACAAGUUCGCUGGGUGGGGAGGGAGGAGUCUACCAUAAGCUUUGAUAGUGUAUAGGGUAGGACUUUUGUUAGAAUAACAUUGGUAGGCAACAUUACAACAACUAUAAUUAUAUGAAACAAAGUGCGUGUAUAAGUUUGUAUUUACAUACAUACAUAUACACACACAUGUAUAUGUACAUCGGCAAGUAUGUAGAUCGACGAGAAACAAAGAACUGCCAACGGACUGACAUUGAUUUGCCAUUUGUUGGCAGCGGAAAUAUUGAACCUCAGAGAAAGAAGCGUAUCGGAGGUGAAUGAAACGGCAUUAUGCAUGGAAAUGUGAUGGAAAUGAAAAUGUAAAGCACAAGCAGCUGGUUGAAAGCAUUCGAAGGUUUUAAAUAUAAAAUGUUUAAGAGGUUUUAUAGCAUAGCAAUAAAUAUGGCUUUGGGAAGGUGACAUAAUAUGAGUUUGUGGCAAUUACCAGCGAGUGAUGUUUCUUUUAAUUUGCCUUUUUUUCUUGCUUUCUUAUGUACACACGUAGUUGCAAUUGUGUUAUUUUUUGUAUGUUGCUAGAUUCACAAUGAGAAAUAAUAGCGAAAUAAUUUGUUUUAAACAUCUCCUAAAUGAUUUAUGUAAAUGUGAUGAAAACUAAAAAUAAAAAAAAUGAAAAUUUAUUUAAUUUUAACUAAUUUAGUUAGUAUUACAUAGAUAUACAUAAUUACAAGUAAUUUAAAAAUAAAUAAUACACUGAAAGCGCAUGCUGAAGUGAGAAGAUUGUAUUCGCUUAGAAUUAAGUCAAUGAAAUUUAUUUAAAUGAAAUCACUAAUAAAUAACUUACAAAGA